CAGGGGAUCAGCAUGGGCGUUGUGAACCAGCUGUACACGAUCGUGUGGAAGGACGUGUACGUGCAGGCCAUCAAGCGCCACUACUACGUGACCGCCGUCGAGGUGGUCCUCAUCAUCCUCUCGUUCUUCGCCGUCGAGCGCGACCGGCCCAUACUGCCGACCAAACACUGCGCCAAGCCUCCCUGCCUGCAAUACUCCGAGCCACGCGAGUACCAUGAGCGGGGGCUUGGAAACUUCAGCUGCCCGCAAUUGGUGCUGUACGCGCCGCGCAAGAUCGGCGACAAGCUGUUCCAGGCGGCCUUCAAGGACAAUAAAAAGGUGCGCGUGGCGGGCUUCGAGACGGUGGAGCACAUGCUGAGCGCCUUCCACAAGGUGUCGCCGAAGCCCAAGCGCGGUCCCGAGCAGCGCGUCGUCGCCGUCACGCUGGAUGAGAGCGGAGAGGCCGGCUCCAAGCUCGGGCUCGCGUUCAGCGUCAGCUUCUACGACGAAUUCGAGUUCAUGUCGAAGCGGCUGAACGGGUACGCACUGUUCGAGCCACUGCCCAACCCGGUGACGCAGCGAGAGAGCGUCGCUUGCCUGCAAAUCGCACUGGGCCAGGCACAUCUCGCAUCCGUGGCCGCCGAAACGAAGUACGCCGAGAAGCCCUACAACUUAGCCACGCACCGAACCACCGAGGGUCCUUACCCGCUCGACAUGCCCUCGUACCGGUGGCUGAUGUUGAUCCGGCUGGGCGUCGGUUACUUGUUGCCCUUCUGCUUGAUUCUGUCGCGCGUGGUGGAGGAGACGCAGCAGGGCAUGCGCGAGAAGCUGCGCUUGGUGGGCCUCCGCGCCACCGUCUACCGCACGGGUCACUGGGUGGCCGGCUUCUUCUCAGGCAUCGUUAGCGUCGUCAUAGUCAUGGCCUACAUGACUGCCGUAGAAAACACCAGUGAUAACGGCUCGCAGGCUUUCCUGGACGACACCAGCAAGCCGGUGGUUCUCAUCUGCUUCGCCCUCUUCACAGCUCAGUACAUAUCGAAAGCGAUGCUUCUCGCGCUCUUCUUUAGAGACACAGCGCUGGCCGUGGUGUUCGCCGUUGUGUACUGGCACAUCAGCUACGUCAUGCCUUGCCUACUUCUAGAAGAUAUGCAAGGCCGUGCGGCCCACUACAUUCUUUUGGACCGCUGGACAAAGCUGCUCACCUCAACGUUGCCGUGCGUUGGCAUGCACUGGUGCUUCCGCAUUAUCGGUUGUGCCAACGUUGUCGGGGAGCAGUACAGCUUCGCCUCCACUACAUCAUACGUGCUGGAACUGGACAACGUCACGAUGGUCGAGAUCUGGAAUGUUAUGCUGAUUGACAGCAUCGUCAACAUCGCCCUCGGCUGGUACUUCAGCCACGUUCUCACCUGGUACAUUGGCGUGCCGUACGCGCCCUGGUUCCCUCUCAUGUACCGCUACUGGUUCCCGACAGAGAAGGGCAUGUUCCAGCAGAUACCGCCAUCCACACCCGAUGGAGUCCACUUUGAGCCGUAUCCAGUAGACAAAGAAGAGGCCGUCUUUGUCAACAGGUUGGAAUACGAGAAGAAGCAAAAGCACGUUCUGCGAGACACAAGCUUCAAGGCGUACCAGGGAGAAAUCAUGAUCAUUUUGGGCCCCAGCGGUGCCGGAAAGACAGCGCUCGUGAACAUAAUCAGCGGUAGUGCGGUGGCUACACAGGGUCAGGUUAUCGUGAACGGCUACGAUGUGGCCGUGCAAACUGCGCGCGCACGCGAGAUGAUGGGCGUGGUACAGCAGCGCGACGUGCUCUUCUACGACCUGACCGUGGCCGAGCACUUGCUUUUCUUCGGGGCACUCGCGGGACUCUCCGGCGAUGCCCUGACACACCGCUGCGUCGAGCUCCAAGACAUGUUCUCACUUGAAGACAUCGCCGGAGUGCGCACCAACCUGCUUGUGGAGGCACAGAAGCGUCGCCUAGCCCUCGCCAUAGCCAUAGUGGUCCCGCGUAAGGUUCUGAUCCUGGACGAGCCCGUGCGUGGCAUGGACGCGGCGUCACGCAUGAACGUAUGGCAGGUGCUGGACAAGCUAAGGCCAACCACGUGCAUCAUCAUCACAACGCCCGAGGUCGAGGCUGUUGAAGUGAUCGCCGACCGCAUUGCUAUCCUGGGCUACGGUGCGCUCAAGUGCUGCGGCCGCACUGGAUUUCUGCAACGACGCUACGGCACCGGCUACAAUGUUACGAUCCAAAAAGGUCCCAAGUUCGAAACGAAACGUACCCUGAAGGCUCUUCAGGCCAGAGUGCUCGAAUGCCGCGUGCUUCAAGAACACCGCGAAUCGGUCGUCUACUUUCUGGGCAUGCGCAACGGAUGCACGCCCGUGUCAGCAGCACUCCAGUUUCUCGAAAGCGACAUGCGAGGAAUGAGCAUUGAGUCCAUGACGGUCAGUUAA